AUGUCUGCUCCAAGUGGCAUCCCUGUCCCAUCUGCACCACCUUCCUAUGAGGAAACAACAGGAAUCAAUGUGAACUAUCCUCACCCCUAUCCUGUCCCAGAACCUGGCCAGAAACCAGAUGGGAAGGGAAUGAACCCCCCGCCGUACAUGGGACAGCCCGCACCAGUGACUAACCCUGUUACAGUUCAGACAGUGUACGUGCAGCAACCAGUAGUAUUUUAUGACCGCCCGGUUCAGAUGUGCUGCCCUUCCUGUAACCAGAUGAUAGUGACACGUCUCUCGUAUGAUGCAGGAGCUUUGACUUGGCUGUCAUGUGGUGGCCUCUGCCUGCUGGGGUGUAUAGCUGGCUGCUGCUUAAUUCCUUUCUGCAUUGAUGCCCUAAAGGAUGUGGAUCACACCUGUCCGAACUGCAGUGCUGUUGUUGGUUCUUACAAACGUUUGUAG